CCAGAGACGUAGAAGAUGAAGAUUUUCGUUAAAACACUCAAAGGCACUAAUUUCGACAUCGAAGUAAAACCUGAAGACACGGUUGUUGAUGUGAAAAAGAAGAUAGAAACAGUUCAAGGAUCUGAUGUUUAUCCUGCGGCACAGCAGAUGCUUAUUUUUCAGGGGAAAGUCCUCAAAGAUGACACUACACUGGAAGAGAACAAAGUAACUGAAAAUAGUUUUGUUGUGAUUAUGGUAACUAAGACUAAGAAACCAUCUGGUGAGGGUUCAACGACAUCAACUACACCUACAGCUAAGGCUCCCCAAACAAGUACUCCAACCCCAGCACCAGCUGCGGCAACAGUUCCUGAGACUCCUGUACCAACAUCAGCACCGCCUGCAUCCGUUCCUGCUCCUGCCCCUGCUCCUGUGCCCGUAGCUGCCCCUGCCCCUGCCCCUGCCCCUAUCCCUGCCACUGCCCCUGCCCCUGCCCCUAUCCCUGCCACUGCCCCUGUCCCUGCCCCUGCCCCUGCCCCUGCCCCUGUCGCAUUAGUUACUGCUACGUCAGAAUCCAAUGUCUAUGGCGAAGCCGCAUCAAAUCUGGUUGCAGGGAAUAACCUGGAGGGAGCAAUCCAGCAAAUUCUUGAUAUGGGUGGAGGUACUUGGGAUAGAGAUACUGUUGUCCGUGCUCUCCGUGCUGCUUACAAUAACCCGGAGAGAGCUGUUGAAUAUUUGUAUUCUGGUAUCCCUGAGCAAGCUGAAGCUCCGCCCGUGGCCCGUGUCCCUGUUAGUGGGCAAGCUACAAACUCUCCUACCCAGCCUACACAGCCAACCCAACCGACACCUGCUCCUGCUAGUGGACCCAAUGCAAACCCUUUAGACCUCUUUCCACAGGGCCUUCCUGACAUGGGCUCAGGCGCAGCUGGUGCAGGAACUCUUGAAUUCUUACGUAAUAGUCCACAGUUUCAAGUCCUGCGAGCUAUGGUGCAGGCCAACCCACAUUUAUUGCAGCCCAUGCUUCAAGAGUUGGGGAAACAAAAUCCUGCAUUAGUGAGGCUUAUUCAGGAGCAUCAGGCUGACUUCCUUCGGCUUAUCAAUGAACCUGUCGAAGGUGGUGAGGGGAAUAUCGGGGGACAGCUUUCUGGGGCAAUUCCUCAGGCAAUAACUGUCACGCCUGAAGAGCGUGAAGCAAUAGAACGGCUUGAAGCAAUGGGCUUUGAUCGGGCAACAGUAUUGGAGGUGUUCUUUGCCUGCAACAAGGACGAGGAAGUGGCUGCCAACUAUCUUCUGGACCACAUGCACGAGUUUGAGGAUUGAUUAUAGGUGAUCAGGAUGGUCACUUGCCUCUGUCCGCUCCUUUGAAAACGUACAUUAUUUCUUUUUCUUUAUUUUCGCUUUUGCUCUUUUUUUCUUCCCCCUUCUCCUUGACUUCAUUUGUUAAUCAAGUUUGGCGUUUACAACACUGGAGUGUCUGGAGUGGACAAGUAAUGCAAAAUGUAAUAUUCUUCAGUUUCUUCCUUGUAGGAUUAUGCAAAUGCCUAUAUGCAUAGUUGUUAAUUUCCUUUUGCCUACA